GAUUUAACCCCGGGCCCGCCUCCCGACGUGUCCCGGAGAGAUCCGUUUACGACCGGGACUUAACUGGGUUCGGUAUCGACGAAUUCGGAACUCUUUCCCCGCUGCGCCGGAAAGCCUCGGAAUGGGAGCUCACGCGGACGUGGAAUUACGGAGUUCCAGCCGAACGCCACAGAUGGCGACGUUGGUUCGUCAAAAUAUAGCCAGUCAUACAUUCAUGGGAUUUCGAUAGUGGUAUAUCGAUCUUUUUAUCAUUACUUUACCGAAAUUACAUGGAACGGUAUGAAAUGGUCCACGCAGCAUUUUCUACUCUUUGGACGUGACAAUUUCUAAUCAGCGAACGAACAUCAAGCCGCCUAGCUGGUUCGUAAUAGUGCUCGUGAAUGAAAUCGAGAAUGGUCCACGCAGCAUUUCCACUCUUUAGAUGUGACAAUAUCUAAUCAGCGAAUGAACAUUAAGCCGCCGUAGGAGUACAGAAACUGUAUAACGUGCCAGAAUUGGAGCGAAAAUGGACGUUUUGGUGUCGAGUCGGAGCGUUACUUAUGCGGAGCAUGAAAAUUGGAGCAGUUGUUCGGGCAGCGAUCGAUAAUCGAAUGGGCCUGGUCGAGAAUCGAAGGAAGGAAGGGAUUACUCGAGAACGUUGCGGAGGAGUGAAUGUGGUUAACAUUUCAUUCCCGUCAAUAUGAAUAAAAUUCCGCAGCGGGAACCACCAGGGCGUUACUAUUCAAGAAAUAAAGUUCGUCUUGUGCCAACCUUAAAAUGGGAGCGACAACUACCAAGUUCGAAACCCUACUGGGAAAGAGUCUGUAAAGAAGUGGAGGAUAAAGUUAGGAGAGUAAGAUUUCCCUUUCCUAUUUCAUCCAUUUCUUCCAAUUGUUCCUUCAGUUAUCAAAAUAGAAUAUCCUUGAAAAGAGCGGAUAAAUUUUUAGAGCCAGUAGUACACAUUUCACCCCCGACCCCUCAACACAAACCACAGGAAGAAUUGUAUGAAAAUAACAUUCAAUCAGACGAGACGCGAGAUAAUGUUAAGAAAAAGUUUGAAACCAUUAUCAAUAUUCCGUUAGAAUCUUCCGUGGAUGGAAAUACAAAUUUCACUUCGUUCUCUUUAAACGAGGAACCACAAAUCGAAAAGUCCUCUCUCGUGGGCAAUAAUUUCGGUAAUGAGAGAAAAAUAUUCUCAUCUAGGUCCUGUCCAUUUCAUAAAAAUCAACCACCUUUACGUAUUUUUGAUGACGAUCUUAAAAGGGUUUUGCCGAAAAGUAGGAAAAGUAAACAAAUCAUUCAGAAGCAAACUGCCGAACGUCGGUCAUUAUCCGCAUUGGAAUUUCGAAAACGGCGUUCGAAAAAGAUUCGUCCAAUUAAUGACGAAUCUUUAAUGGACACUGAAGUCAGAAUUUCCCUAAAAAGCGGAGAUCAUGCAGCAAGGUCUAAAGAAUCAGAUUUAAAUGAAAUGAAUUCCCAAAUGAUAUCCGAAGACUCUUUGGAACAGGAAACCGAAUCGAUGAAUAAAUUAAAAUGUGAACCAUCGGAAAGUAUUUCAGAACAAGGGGAUGUCUCUUCCGAACAAUUAGACGAAAAGGCAGCUUUUCGGAGUAGACCGAUGCGAGAAGUACGAUUCGUCCCAUCCACGAAAAUUCAGGAAGAAUUAGGAGGGAAGAUAAAUGAUGAACUCCAACCAACGUCAAAAAGGAUGUUUUUUUCUACAGAGGAUACAAGUCCCAGAUUGACCAGAAAAGUACCAAAACUGGGCACCGUAAGUUUGCACCAAAGUUUCAGUAAAGCUGUGUCUUUCGACAGUACCGAGGACUCGUCGAAACAUUCUAAUGAAAAGACUGAUGAACCUGAUGUGGUUUCAAGCCCAGAAGAAAAUCUGAACAUGCGGAGCAUGUUUCAAAGUGUUUUCCCAGCUUUGAUGCGCGUACAAAAAUUGCUACAGAAAAAGCUCCAACGUCAAAGAAGAAAAAAUCGAUCGAACAAGCUUUGGUUGAAAGCUGCGACCUCAUGUCCAGGUUUCUAUAAAGCUUCCGCUAGGAACAGUUCCCAUGAAAGUGGCGACAAAGGUUCGUCGAUGAACAGCCAUGUUUUCAAGACGUCACAAAAUCAUGACGAUUAUUCAGGAAGGAUGGAAACGUCUUUAGGAAAGGAUCAGAGGAUAGACCAAUGCGUUACCGUUUCGAGUUCGAAGGAGUCAAUGAACGCAGAAUCCAAUAUAAAAUCAGCCAUAGAAACUGAGCCCAAAGGAACUCCUUUAAAACCAGAUCCGAACGAGAUAUCCUACGAAGAAGAAAUUAUAAUAUCUAAAAUGACGGAGCACGCAUCGCAGGAGAUCAAAGACGUCGAAGAGGAAUUAGAGAGAACUUUAUCGAUCAGCCAGCAAUCGCGGAAGCCCGUUUUCUUGAAGCGGUCGAUCAGAUAUGCUUACCGAGCUCUAAAGUUUCUGACGGCAAACAAGAAACUGGAAUUUUUUCCAAGGAUUGCCGAAGCUUCUCCUAAGUCACCGAGUACUCUUUCUUCGGGGGCCAGUACUCCAACGAGGGAAGUCCAAGAGGAGAGCUUUUCAUCAAGAAGAGCAAGCUCCAUCAGCUACGACUCGAUUGUCGGCAGACUGAGGCAAAACGCGCCGAAAUAUCUGGGGUCCAAAUACGAGUUUCCCGAAUGGAAGUCGAUCGUCGACGUCCGGACCAAGACCAUAACCACGAGUACUCGAAGCACGUCCGGUUCGAGUCCGGAGUUCCAGAAGACGACGCUAAGAAGUCCCUCGGACGCGGUCCUUUCAGGAAUCCCAAAGAUGUGCGCAUAUCCCCGAAGGACCUGCGACAGAUGUCUGUGUUGCUUGUACAAGACAUUUGAGAAGCCAUUAGACGUGAAAAGGGAAUUACCCCUGGCAGUGUUGAAGUCUUUUGUAAAUGACCCGGGGGUAAAGAUCCUCGACAGCGAAGCGAGCUCCGUCAGUGUCCCAGCAGUGGAGAUUCCCCAACUGGAUGAAAGAUCCGAGCAGGGAAGCGGAUCUCCCCAUCGGAAAGUCGAAACCGUUCGCUUCUUCUCAACGGUGAAGAUAAUAAAGUCGAUGCGUCUUCUGGACGGUAGUAAAGCGAGGUCGAGUCAGCCAGGAACCGGAGCGGUGACCAUCCCGGAGCAGAGCUUAUCCCCGAAGAACUCCCAAGCGUCGCAGCAAGAAAGCCAUACUCUCUCCAUCUCGUCAAGCCGGUCGAAAGCUUCCACGGGCAGUGGCCAAAGUUCCGAGGAAGAAGCUCAGGUUCAGAUCGAACAAACGGUCCCCGCUCCGAAGUACUUCGUCCCGAGCUACGUUCCCUUGAACCUAACGCCGAGUCUAGAUCAGCUGAGAGCACUCAAGCUUAGAAAGGCAACGCCGAUGUCCGAGCGGGGUGCAACUCCUGUAAACGCGAUGGCUGGAAGUGACGCAAGUUCCGAGGAUGAAACCGAGGGAAAAAGGAACAAGGCACUUCCCUCGACUGUCCGCUCCGGCGUCUCCAAAAGGGACCCCAAGGUGGGACCAGGUAACCAAGUUCGAGGAGAGAGAGCCAGGUUGCUCGCUGAUGCCGAUGAGUUCAGCGAUGGAUCCCAGAAAGCCCAAAGCUCUAUCGACUCGCUGGCUGCUAAAGUUGCCACGAUGAUGUCUCUGGGUGGUCGCAUUAGUACCGCGACGCGAGUCGAAGUUAAGGGGACGCCUCCUGGAACAAACUUGAAACCGAGCCAGUUCGGGCCACGAAUCUCCUUCGCGUCUGCAGGAGUCACUCCCAGGGGAGAAACGCUUCCCGGGUCAAAGGGGUCGGGGGGUUCCUCGCCGAUCGACCCCUCUAGCUGGACCUCAAAGAUGGAACUGGACGAUCUCUUGGAGAGUUGUCUGGAGAGAGACCGGGACGUGUUGCAGUUGCUGUAUUCCGUCAGAGAUGAGCUGCUGCACCGCGAUCCCUACUCCGAUGGGGUUCGGUCGGUCGAAAUAGCGACGAAUUUGGUCGAGUUGUUGCUCGAUUCCCGAAUGUAUCUUUUCCCCGAUGAUUUCCCUUCUGACUUGAAAUUCUCCAAACAGCCGAUCCUCUGUAGAUCUCGGGUAUUGAGACGAGCCCUACCCUUGACCACGUACAACACGGUUGCUCCAAUUCUGGGGGUGCCGAGGUGGAUCCCGAAAUUGGUACCUUAUAAAGACAGUCUAGAUGAACGGAACAAACCCGGAGCUUUUAGACCAAGUAGCGGCAGGACUAAAUUCUCUCGUCUUACGUACGACCUUACGGUACAUCCGCCAUCGAGAAAAGGCGGAUCCACUCACGAUGAAGACAAAGAAUACCAACUUCCACGAUUGAGUCCUUAUGCUGUCUUCCUCACGAAACCAAGAAGAAAGGCUAUCACAUGGCGACCCUUAUCGGAGUCCGACCUGAAGGGUUACGACCCCGAAGCGACUUUGAACAUGCGUUCCACCAGAGUGACCAAUAAGAUCUGCAGCGAGUUCUGCGAGUGGCUGCGCAGCCUCGGAGGUGCCGACGAGGGCAUCGACGAGGAGGUCCUGAGGGACAUGUUCCGAAUCGACUUUAACAUCGACGCCAACAGGACUACCCAAAUGAAGAUCGAAGAGAUGCCGACGGUACCCAGCGUGGUGGCCCAUACUAGGAACCGCCCUGACGCCACGGAAUUAGCGUUGACGAAAAUGCAUCUAAUUAGGGACGCCAAGGCAGAGAAGCGAGAAAAGAAGACCGUCGCUUUCGGUACCACUCUUCCGGAUGAUCAGAAGUUUCUGCCGCCCAGAAACAAGGUCUGGAAACGGUGGCUGCAGUGCGAGAGCGUACCCAAAGAUCUGGAAACAAUGGAUUUCGUUUGGGACGGGAUCACGCACCUGGACAGCGUAAAAGGAUUCGUCGAGUGGUUGGAAACUCAUUCGAAUGUCACCCCUCCAAAGGCUCUGAAAGCAGCUGUCAUGAGUCCACCACCGAUUGGAAGACAAUCACGAGAGGAUGACACUUUCGCCAACUUGGAGCUGGAUCUGGAUCAAAUUAGAAGCCUCAAAGUAGACGAUAACGAUCGCGAUAUGAGCGGACAGCUACUCUUUCCUGUCAAGUCCCGGAAAUAAAUACCUUUUUCAAACCAUAC